AUGCCUAGAGAUAUAAUUACACUUUAAGUCGGCCAAUGCGGAAACUAAAUUGGUAUGGAAUUUUGGAAAUAGCUUUGUUUAGAGCAUGGUAUUAACCAAGAAGGUAUUUUACAAGAAUAUGCAACAAACACUGAUGACAGAAAAGAAGUUUUCUUUUAUUAAGCAGAUGAUUAGCAUUAUAUUCCAAGGGCCUGUCUUAUUGAUUUAGAAGACAGAGUUCUAAAGAGAAUAGUUAAAUAAUCUGAUUAUAGUUCACUAUAUAACCCAGAAAAUAUUUUUUAUGGAACUGAUGGAUCAGGUGCUGGUAAUGUGUGGGCAUACGGUUAUUAAGAAGCUAAUAAAAUCCAAGAUGAUCUUCUUGAUAUGAUUGACAGAGAAGCUGAUACAUCUGAUAGUUUUGAAGCUUUUCUUUUGAUUCAUAGUAUUGCAGGUGGUACUGGUUCAGGUGUUGGCUCUUAUUUAUUGGAGAAAUUAAAUGAUAGAUUCCCUAAAAAAAUUAUUAAGACUUACUCUGUUUUUCCUAGUGGACACACAGAUGGUGUCGUACAUCCUUAUAACUCUCUUUUAACUUUAAAGAGACUUGCUUUGAAUGCAGAUGCAACCACUGUUUUAGAUAAUAACGCUUUAGAAAAAAUAGCACAAGACAGAUUAAAAUUGGAAAAUCCUACAAUUGAAACCACAAACUCACUUGUCUCAACAGUUAUGGCAGCAUGUACUACCACACUCAGAUACCCUGGUUAUAUGAAUAACGAUUUAGUUGGUUUACUUGCAUCUCUUGUUCCUACACCUAAAUGUCAUUUCUUAAUGACUGGAUAUACUCCUAUCUCUAUUGAUAGACAUAUAAAAACUAUUAGAAAGACUACUGUACUUGAUGUUAUGAGAAGAUUACUUUAAACAAAGAAUAUCAUGGUUAGUGCUUCAACUAAAAAGGGACAAUAUAUUUCAAUUAUGAAUGUAAUUCAAGGAGAAGUUGAUGCAUCUCAAAUUCAUAAAUCACUUUAGCGUAUUAGAGAAAGAAAAUUAGCUAACUUUAUUAACUGGGGACCUGCCUCCAUACAAGUUGCAUUAUCUAAAAAAUCACCAUACAUAGAAACAUCUCAUAAAGUAAGUGGUCUUAUGCUCGCCAACCACACAAGCAUCCAUACACUUUUUGAGAAGAUUAUCUCUAACUUUGACAUAAUGAGAAAAAAGAAUGCUUAUAUAGAAUAGUUUAAAAAGGUUGAUUCUUUUAACUUAGAGGAGUUCGAUGAUUCCAAGGAAGUAGUACAAUAAUUAAUAGAAGAAUAUAAAGCUGCUGAAGAACCUAACUAUUUAGAUUACUUCGAUGAUGGCUUGGAAGACGAAAACUGA